GCGGGCCGGGCUGGGGCGGGGCGUCGAGCCAGCUGAGCUAUCCGGUCAGACCGCGCCAGUUUGAAUGAAAGCUCCUCAAGAUGGCGGCGGCCGGGGCCGAGGCGCGAGGAGCUUGGUGUGUGCCUUGCCUAGUUUCACUUGAUACUCUUCAGGAAUUAUGUAGAAAAGAAAAGCUCACAUGUAAAUCGAUUGGAAUCACCAAAAGGAAUCUAAACAAUUAUGAGGUGGAAUACUUGUGUGACUACAAGGUAGUAAAGGAUAUGGAAUAUUAUCUUGUAAAAUGGAAAGGAUGGCCAGAUUCUACAAAUACUUGGGAACCUUUGCAAAAUCUCAAGUGCCCAUUACUGCUUCAGCAGUUCUCUAAUGACAAGCAUAAUUAUUUAUCUCAGGUAAAGAAAGGCAAAGCAAUAACUCUAAAAGAAAAUCACAGAGCUUUGAAACCUGCCAUUGCUGAAUACAUUGUAAAGAAGGCUAAACAAAGGAUAGCUCUGCAGAGAUGGCAGGACGAACUCAACAGAAGGAAGAAUCACAAAGGAAUGAUUUUUGUUGAAAAUACUGUGGACUUAGAGGGCCCCCCUUCAGACUUCUACUACAUUAAUGAAUACAAACCAGCUCCUGGAAUCAGCUUAGUAAAUGAAGCCACCUUUGGUUGUUCAUGCACAGAUUGCUUCUUUGAGAAAUGUUGUCCUGCUGAAGCUGGAGUUCUUUUGGCUUAUAAUAAAAAUCAACAAAUUAAAAUCCCACCUGGCACCCCCAUUUACGAAUGCAACUCAAGGUGUCAGUGUGGACCCGAUUGUCCCAACAGGAUUGUCCAAAAAGGCACGCAGUAUUCACUUUGCAUCUUUCGGACCAGCAAUGGCUGCGGCUGGGGCGUAAAGACCCUUGUGAAGAUUAGGAGAAGGAGCUUUGUCAUGGAGUAUGUCGGAGAGGUAAUCACAAGUGAAGAAGCUGAAAGACGGGGGCAGUUAUAUGACAACAAAGGAAUCACAUAUCUCUUUGAUCUGGAUUAUGAAUCUGAUGAAUUCACAGUGGAUGCAGCUCGAUAUGGAAAUGUGUCUCAUUUUGUGAACCACAGUUGUGACCCGAAUCUUCAGGUGUUCAACGUUUUCAUUGAUAACCUCGACACCCGUCUUCCCCGAAUAGCAUUAUUUUCCACGAGAACUAUAAAUGCUGGAGAAGAGCUCACUUUUGAUUAUCAAAUGAAAGGUUCUGGAGAUAUAUCUUCAGAUUCUAUUGACCACAGCCCAGCCAAAAAGAGGGCCAGAACUGUGUGCAAAUGUGGAGCUGUGACUUGCAGAGGUUACCUCAACUGAAUUUUCAGGAAAUAGAACUGAUGAUGAUUAUAGUUUUUUCCCUAAUGUUGUUACCAUUUUUUAAAAAUAAGUAUUUGGGACUCUUUUCAUAUUAUCAAGAUUAUACACUAUGUUAAUUUACAAUUCGUGUUUCAAACUAUUGGCCAAAUGCAUUACUGAUGCUUCUGAAGAGAGUGACACAGGGUCACAUAGACUAAUUUGAAAUAUACAUAUUCAGACUAUUUACAGAUCUGUGUAGAAGUCUGUGUGAAUAGAGAAAUGCCUCCUUCGGUGUUUAAGUGUUAAACUAAUGAUGUAACAGUCACUAAGAUCAAACAUUCGACUUGCCAUACACCUUGAAUUUAGAGAAAUAGAGUUAAUUCUUA